AUGGGAGAUUCCAAGGUUGAAACGAUUUCACGAUUAGCUCAAUGGAAAAUCGACAACUUCGGACCCUGUUCUUACAAGAAAUCCGACCCUUUCAAACUCGGAAUUUGGAACUGGUACUUGUCUAUAGAGAGAAAUAGGUAUCUGUAUAUUCAUCUAUUUCCUGAACAUUCGCGUGUUUCUAAAGAACAGCCUCCUAUUGCUCGAUUCAUUCUUCGAGUUUCUAAUACUGCUUCUUCUUCAUCCUCCUCCCGUAGAUUUUAUAUUUCUCCUGUCCAUGAAAGGGUGCUUAGAACAUGUGACGACUUUGUCUGGCCUGUGGAUACUACAUUCCUUGGUCGCUUGAUUAUCGAUGUUGAAUUUCUUGACCUGAAGAUCUAUCCUCUGAAUGGUGGAGAAGCGAGUUCUAUAUGGCCAUCUGAUGGAAAACUGCAAUCUGUUGCAACUCAAAACACUCUCGGAUGCCUCUCUCGCAUGCUUGACGAAGCUAUACACGCUGAUCUCACCAUUAUAACUGCAGACGGUACACUUAAGGCUCAUAAGGCAGUUAUGACCGCAACUUCUCCUUUGUUCGAGGCCUCAUAUCAUGACAGUGACAAUGACAAAGAGUCAUCUACAAUCCACAUAGAAAACAUGUCACAAGAAUCCUGCACAGCCCUUCUGAGUUACAUGUACGGAACAAUAAAACCUGAAGAUUUCUGGAAGCACAGGCUUGCAUUGCUUGGAGCAGCCAAUAAAUACGACAUCAGUGAUUUGAAAGAUGCGUGCGAGGAAAGCCUACUCGAAGAUCUUAACUCGGGAAAUGUUCUGGAUAGACUAAAUGAGGCUUGGAUGUACCAACUUCACAAGUUGAAGAAAGGAUGUUUCGCGUUCUUAUUUGAUUUUGGUAAGAUAUAUGAUGUUAGAGAUGAAAUAAAUACGUUUUUUCGCCAUGCAGAAAGGGAGCUAAUGUUGGAGAUGUUUCAAGAAAUGCUUACAAUUUGGAAAUAG